AUGACCGAUUCUCUCCAACAGCUUCCCACCCAGCUCGUCCGGGCUUUCCUCGACACCUUCGCACCACUCCCAGAUGCCGACGAAUCGUCUUACCUCGAGCGCCUUCCUACAGAGACCCUCUUGAUGAUCGGCCAAAUCAUCAAGGACGCAUCGCCAGCUCGGGUCGUCAUCAUAUUCGAUAUCACCAGCCCAAUUCGAUGCCCACCAGGUCGUCUAGGUUUCUUCAACUUUGACACAUUGGAGUUCCCCGCUCGGGAUAGAGUCCUUAGCAGCAACCAUUGCGUCCGUUACCCCAGACUAUACCAGCGAUGAAAUCACGUCCACGUCAAGAAGGUCGUCCACUGCCCGCAUGUGUCUGCGCCUCUAUGAUGAAUCCUGAUUCUCAUGUUUGCUCUGGUAUCCUUGAUACCGUCUCUUACGACAUCAAUAAGUGUAAGGAUUGCCGACCACCUCCACUGGAUUAUUCCGACACCGAGGGAUUUGAGGGUGAUUUCGACUAUAGCAGUGAUGAGGAGGAGAGAUGUCCUAUUGCGGAAGGGAAUGAGGCCGAGUAUAGUCUUAUUACAGAAGUUGAUGUUGAUCAGGCUGAGUACACUUUCGUUUGA